AUGUCCCGGGAAACACUCCCCAACUUGAAGAUCUUGUUGAUCGGAAACUCCUCUGUCGGCAAAUCCUCCCUCCUCCUUCGCUUCUCAUCAGCGACCUUCCUCCCGCCAGACGAAGCCACAGCGACUAUUGGAGUAGACUUCAAGGUCAAGACAAUCACCGUACGGCCUGAAGGACCUUCCCAAGUCAAGUUGAGUAUAUGGGAUACGGCGGGCCAGGAGCGGUUUAGGGUAUUGACGGGGAGUUACUAUCGAGGCGCCAUGGGGGUCGUUCUGGUAUACGACAUAUCAUCCCGGACCUCCUUCGACGAGCUCGUCAAGUGGUUGACUGAAAUCGACACCUACUGCUCCACAGGUGUAUGUAAAUUGCUAGUAGGGAACAAAGUGGACCGAGAACUCUCUCGUCAGGUCAGCACGACGGAAGGUCGCGAGUUUGCCCAGCGGAUGGGAAUGGGCUUCAUCGAAUGCUCCGCUAUGAGCAAUACAGGCGUAGACGACUUGUUCGAGCAAUUAGCGCGUAAUGUGAGUGAUACGUGCGAUUGCUAG